ACUUCCAUCGUUAAUGCUGAGUACUGAACGCAUGUUCGCCGGAAGUCGUUGCAAAAACAGCAUUCUCAGCAGCGAGUCGUCGACCUUAAGUCCGGAAGCCAGCUCCUGCAUCCUAGCCAAGAGGUGCGUGGGGCGGAGGUCGCCCAAGUCGCAAGUUCCGAGCAGCUUUUCCAUUUUCUCUUGCGCCGUAAGUUCGAAACGGGCGAUGAGACGUUCCUUGAUGGCCUCGUACUUCCCCGCCUCAGGAGGCUUCCUGACCAGGUCAGCCACGUGGCAAAUCACGGUCUGGUCAAUUUUAGCAACGAUGUGGUGGAAUUUCGUUUCGUCUUUGUUGACUCCGGCCAACACAAACUGGGAUUCAGCUUGCGCGAACCACAUCGCCGGAUCCGACUUCCAGAAGUCCGGAAGUUUGACUGCGACGGCGGCGGAAGCUGCGGCGACGUUUUCUGUGGACAUUUUCUUUUCGCGUUGUAUACCGACAGCGGAACGUUAACUCGUCGGCGGUCACCAAUGUGGGGACGAUUCGAGAUCCCGGAAUGUGAGGACGGUUCCGGAGAUAAAAUAAA